UACGAUUCAUUUUGCGUACACACGCCGAUGACGACGAAUUGAAGAUUAUCAAGAGGAGAAUUUUCGACGAAGAAAUUUUAUCGCUUUGCAUUUUUUGAAGAUGUUUCGUGAUAGAAUUUCAAUUCGACGGAAAUAGAAAUGAAUACUUACACAAACGACAAAGGUAUGCCGAAUAAACCAAAAAGAUUAUUGAUCGGUUUGCUUAUUUUAACGUUGGUCGAUGUGAUAUGGGCAUCAUUCUCAGAGCUCGAUAAGUUUAUGAACCAAAAAGAGAAGUUUGAGAAACCGUUCUUCGUUACAUACGUGAAAACAUCUCUAUUUACCAUAUACCUGUUCGCAGUCUGUUUAUGGCCCUCUUGGAAGGAUGGUUUCCAGAAACCGUCCGAUUAUAAUUACAUUACCGAAGAUGUUGAAGAUGACAUAUGCUUACAAGGCACGUCCGACUCGAAACUGAGUAGUCCGUCUUAUGUGCCUAUUAAUUUCGGAGGCAAAUCAUCUGGUACCGAGAGCGAUGAUUCUACUAUUAGUAGGAGUGUUCGGUUUAAGAAACUGGCCGAGGUGCGUCAGAUGUCGGAAGAAGAUGCGACAGAAGCCUUACUAGCGAGGUUAUCGUAUUCGGCAACGAUACGUAUAUCAAAAGCUAUACCAUUCACGCCGAAUAACAAAUUAACCGUGUUUCAAACUGCUUGGUUGUCUUUACCGUUCGGAUUUUUGUGGUUCAUAUCGAAUUAUACGAUGCAUACGGCUUCGUUUAAAUCAGAAUUCAAUAACCAGGCGGUAUUUUCGGCGUCAUCGGCCACCUUUGUGAUGACGCUAUCGGCCAUGUUCCCAGUCAGACCUUGCGAUAAAUUUUCCUUAACUAAAUUAUUCGUCGUUCUAGUCAUUGUUGGUGCAUUGUGUUUGAUAACUUUUGGUGAUAUUGACUUGAACUAUAAUCUGAUCGAAUUGAAGACCCGAUCGUCAGUAUUAUUAACCGUAUUUAGUGGGUUUUUAUUCUCACUAUCUGUCGUUUUUUUAAUGAACAACGCCGAUCACGAAGAAAAACUCGAUAUACCUUUGCUUUGUGGAUUCAUGGGAUUAUUUUGCUUGGCAAUCCUGUGGCCUGGAUUUUUACUUCUCCACUUCGUCAAAUGGGAGUUAUUCGAAUGGCCUACACCGUACCAGUGGUCUUUUUUACUGGUCGAUGGCUUAUUAGGGACAAUGUUGUCUCAAGUUUUAUGGUUAUGGGGGUGUUUUCUAACUUCUUCGCUGCUGGCUACGGUGGCGAUUAGUUUAACCGUACCGCUGUGUUUGUUAAUGGAUACGUUCCUGUUCGACGUGAAACACGAUAGCAUUGUGUUAAUUGGAAUUUUCCCGAUGUUUUUAUUUUUCGGUAUUUUAGUCUGUUUGACGCUUUUACCGAGUCUAGAUCCGGUGCUGGAAGUUAUAUUGAAAGCUUGGAGUAUGGUGUGUAAUAACCGAUCGUUCAAAAUGUCUGAAUAUGAUCUCGAACAAUCCGAAUCACUGAUUGGAGUGAAUGACGGCGAUAGUCAUGAAGCCUAAUAGACCAAUACCCUUGGGAAUUUUAUUUACCGACAGUAUUAAAAUUGGUAUUGUUGCUUUGACCAUUAAAAAAAAAAAACGUGAAAAUUAACCUUCGCGUUAAGCUCUUUAUCCAUCUAUGCAGUUGAAGUUCCAUCUACGUACGAACACCGAACCGCUAAAAGAAAUUCAAUUCGUUGUAAUUUAUUUUCAACGAUGGAUUCGCAUCCGUCUCUAACGAUUGGCUUACGGUCGUUAACCGUAUCUCGAAAUCGUGUCAUUGGUUUAUAUUUUAUCCUAAGUUACGUAUUAUCAUGCGCAAAUCGUUAAGCAUUUAUAUUUUUUACCUAUUUUUAACAAUUCACUUUGGUAUUUGAUUUACUUUUUCCCUCCUGUUGUUUUCACACACGCUUUUUUAAACGUUGUGAAAUCUUAUCACCAGAUCCACCUUAUUCGUGAAAACGUGAUCUCGAUGAAAAGAUUUUACUACAUAAUGUAAUUUAUUAGCCAACCUAUUUACCUAAAUUCUUCUAUACCUACAAGUACGUCAUUUUGACUAAAAAUUACGCACGGAUUUUCUAGUCGGUAAAAUUAUUUCCAAAGAGACGAUUAUUAUAAUAUGAUGAUGAUUGUGUAACUUUCUCGUACUUACGUACUUUAAUGUAAUUGUGAUUUUUUUUCCUUUGGUUUUGUAUUUUUUUUCCUUUCUUCUGUUUAAGUUGUAUUUUAUAAGUACCAAUUUUUAUUCAAUAAUGUUAUUUUCUAGUCGGAUCGAUCGCGUCGCUCUAAAAACAAAACUGAUUUGUUCGUGUAUUCAGACGAAUAGGUUACCUCGAUAGUUCCUGCACAUUAAUUCCAAUACCUAGGUCUAUCGUUAAUCAGUACGCUUUUGUGUAAAUUAACGCCCAAUCUAUUCUUCUUUUUUUAAUUAUUAUUUUCGUAAAGUAUUUUAGAGCUUCUGCAGAUAAUCCGUUUUGAUGAUUAUUAGUAAUUUGGAUUCGAUAAUAAUCUUGUGUAUGCGUGGUUGAGGUUUUUCUUUUUUCUUCUUUUUCACACACGUAAUCGUUGUUAUUAUUCGUACUGUCACCAUUUAAGUAUCGCGUAGUUCCUGUUAUUUUCUAUGUUAAGAAUGUCGUUCGUUUGCUUUUUUUUCGUUCUUAUGUAUGUUUUUUUUCUUCGCAUAUUUUCUUUAUUUUAUUUGAAUAAUAUUAUGACGUUAGAAUGUUUUUUUUUUUGAGGGUGUUUAGGCUUGUUUUUUCAGUUUAUUAUGUACUUUGAGUUUAAUAAAGUGUUCAUUGCUGUGCGGA